CCUUUAAAGAGCCCUCAUUUGAAUUGCUUCACUAUAGCUUCUGUCUCCUCCUCUCCCUCCCUAUGAGCUCACCAUAAGGGUUUUACAGAAGUCAUGUUAUAAAGUCAUCAUCGUCGAGUUAAUCAGUGUUACUUUUUUCACAUGAGAGAUAUGAGAUAUGACCCCAAAAGUGUGAAAGAAAACCCCCUGAGCAGUUUCUGUUUGUUGUGUAUAACAUCGCUCUUUUACGAUACACCAAUUAGUGAUGUCACAAAUUGAGUAAGUUGUAUCCUCUUAUUUAAUUCUCGUGCAUUUCUUUUGAACAAAGGAGUGGACGUUCUCAGUCUGCGAUUAUUCCAGCAUGCCUUCUUUCAAAUUCAAAAGUUUUCCGACUUACAGAAAUGUCAUCCAUCAUUUUAACUUUUUAUUUGUUUAUAAAAUAGCAAAAAAGUAUGUUUGCACCUCUUUAGGCAACCUGGUGUGUGUUUUUUUCUGUAUGAGAGUACGUGCCAGAGAAACAUCAAAAUGCAAAGACAAAACUUGUCAAAUUUAUUUUCAAGAUCUACAAUUUAUACACUUCAGCGUAGUGUUCAUGUGAAGAACUCAAAAAGGGUUAUUAAUUCUGAAUAUUCAUUUUUCACUCACGUAUUAUAGAAACCAAAGAUACCAAAAAUAGCAUCCAUAGUAGUGGACAGUCUUCCAAGAAUUUGAUCUACUUAAUAUACCAAAAUAUAUUAUACAGUGGUUUGAAACAUGCAUCUCACAUCCAUCUUUUUUCUGUAUUCAGGUCAUGCAUACAGAUAAAUCUGCAAUUAGCAGCGCAUCAUUAUUUAUCAGAGUCUGUCCCUUAUCAUAGUGCUUCAUCACUGCUGUAUUUCUGCUCAGUAAUUUAAUUAAAGGAGGAGAAAAAAAGAAAGAAAUGAGUGGAUGAAAGAUAGAUAGAAGUGGGAGAUUGGGCUGGACUGAGAAAGAUAGUUUGGAGUUCAACCUCAGGAAGAGCUGUCUAGGCGAUUUGAAUCAUCUCCUAGUGAUGUUAGUGCUCAGUGAUUGUGACGGAUAUAAACAUAACACUGGUGUAACCUCCCAUGCUGUGCAUUUCCCCCUCACUGUGGGUGCAAUAAUUGCUCCCAUCUGCAGGGACAGGGUGGCUCACAACAAUCUCCACACUGACCAUGGCUUGGUAGCUCAUCUGCAACACGAUCGAUUCUCCACUUUGCCUGAAACUACAUUAGCCUGAACACACUGGUGAGGCCGAGGUCAGUGUCUCUAAGUGGGCGAGUAUCAAGUCAACAGUACACACGCAGGAGGGUAGGUGUGCAGUAAUUUACUGAUAUUACAGCCAGUGAAAUGGUGUUACAUAUAAAAUCUAAUAAGGUCUUGUUUUGAUUUACACUUCUUACACAAAUUUUAAUACUUGUGUUGAACAGCAAGUCUGUUUUUUGUAAUUGUCUUUAAUGCAGAGUUAUUGUGGUUAUUGAAUGCUUGAAGUCACAGUUAAAUCUGGAUCUGGUUUAUACGUUCAAAAUUCAGCACGCAGUGUUUAUAUUUCCAAAAACUCGAGUAAACACACCUGACCACAAUGCCUCAGGGACCCGUCUUCUUGUCUCUCUCCAGCAUUCAGAGGCAGACUUUUUCUCUGCUUUAUUGGCAGGACAUAAAUACACCAGAGUCAAAGAACUACAUGAGAGAGCUGAUAAAUUCAAGAAAAGGAGAGAAAAUUUCACCAACAUUGAACAGUUACUUUUAUAAAAUUGUUUCUUGGGGGAAAUGUGGAAAUUCAGUUGGAAUUACAAAUCUCAACAUCUCAUAUGUAACCUGUAGCUAGAGUUUAUGUUUAAGAUUCUAAAAUUCUUCUUCAAAUCUUAUUUUGCUGAGAUUUUAAGUCUAACUAUUCAGAAAUCAUAAGUCCAAGAGACAGAAAAAGUCUUUAAUUACAGUUUAUGUGAUGAUAUCUAAUAGGUGAUUCUCCAAAGGUUCAAUUCCUGGUCCACUGCUGGGAUUUGUUUGCUUAGCACACAGUAUAUCUGCUGAUAUUCACGUUGGUCCAUAACAGCUGACUGCUCAGCUGAUAACCUUCCUCGAAUUCAAUUAGUAAAUGUCAGAAAGGGCUUUUUUUCAUCUGCUUCAGCUUCUGCUUCAGCCUGCCUUCUCUUGCUGCUUCCUCCUCUACUGCUUUGCAACCACCUCCACCCCAGCUCGUCCUUUUUAUGUUGUGUCUGAUCUUACCAUGCGCAUACGUCAGCUCUGUUCUGCUCUGGUUUUUUGCUGCUAUUGCUCUCCCUGCCUUGACUUUUCAUGUAUGUAUGAAACAGAAGGGAGAUGUGCUCUUCCCGCUGCAGGCUUUGGCAUUUCAGGUAAGCACAUGGAAGGUCAGAGAGCCCUCACAACACAGCUAUACCAUCAAUUAUAACUAAUGCAUGCAAGAGAUUGAUUAUUUUGAGGGGAGUGAUCCUGACUGAACUGGGAUCUGACCAAUAAUAGAUGGUUAAAUCCCAGCCUGAUCCAUUUUUUGACCAACUCUAAAUGAUUUAUCCCACAAUUCAUGACUCAGAACAAACUGUCACAGCAGGUAAACACAAACUGAAUUUACUACUGUAGCAAAAGACUGUAUAUGACAGGAGACAGAUUUUACAAACACACCCAAGUCAAGCUGACAGAUGUACAAAGUCAGGAACAAAAGAAGUCAAAUAUGAACCGCUUUACUUCUUUUUCGUUCUUGUAAUGUGCCAGGGUUGGAUUUACUUCAAAGCUGUCCGGGAGAUACUUUUAUCCCUCGAUAGAAAACAAAGCUUUUUCAUUACCCAGCAAGGUCGUGAUGCUUUUAAAAAUCAAAUUUAUUUUUGAGUCCUUGUGUUCUGAACAGGUUCACAGGGAACAUCUUUCUCAUGAAGCCAAAAGCUGUGGACAAAGAUGGAUCCUGCUGUGUGUGAUUUCAAAUUAUCAUAACUGCUCCAUUCAAUCAUUUUUCUCCUUGUCUCAGCUCUGUCCCUGGAUUUGAGUGGAGACAUUGCAUUGAUGAAGAGAUUUACCAGAGCUUGACCUCCUAAACCUGGAGACAGGACUCUGACCUCCUGCGUUUGUAUGUGCUCUGUGUUGAGGUGAAUCUCUUUGAUGAAGUCCCGCAUUUUUUUGCAUGCAUUGAUUUUGCAUCUAUGUUUCUGUAACAUUUUAAACUCAAUACUCUUUAAUUUCUGUUUUCAUUCAUGCAAGUCUAACCGGGGAGAGAGGUUGCAAAUUAGCCAUGGCUGGAAACCUUGUAUGCAUGACAUCUACUUUGUAUAUUUUUUUGAAGCAAUGUUCCUUGCAUUUGUUCCCUGUUAAAAAAAUAAAUAAAUGAUAUGUGCGAGUACCUCAUAAACAUUGCAAGGAAGGAAAACAUUUCCCCACAGUGUGCUGUUUAUAAGAUAUUCAGUAUCAGGAGGAAGAUAAUGAACAGCACUGGCUUUUUCACAUUUUUUCCCCCUUAGCAAUGCGUGUCUUAAUAGCACCAACAGAUGUGAACCCAUCUCGCAUUUAUCCUGGAAGCGUCUACCGUACUUUCAUCAAACCAUGUUUCCAUUUCUAUUAGCUCCUGAUCCUUUCUGCAGCACAGUCAUAUUUUUAUGAAUGUAUGUCAGAGGGCUCUGAAUGAAGAUGUGGGAGCUUUUUUUGACCACUGAUGCACCCUGUUGGUCACACUGCAGAUAACAUGGUAACACAGUUUAUGAACCGAGGUAAUGAAUGAGAGGUUAAUGUUAGUGUUGUGGCAGCUCUGCAGCUACUCUCCAAAAGAUGAAUAGAUGACUAAAGGCAGAGAAUUAACUGGCUACUUUAUAAUGUCAGAGAUACUAAAGACAGUGUUUGAUCAUGAACGUGUUGAAGUUCUGCUCUUUAAAUCUAGACCUCAGGUUUGAAAUUAUGCAUGGAUCUAAAAGUAGAUCCUUCAAAGUCUGACCCCCUUUUUUCUCAUACUUAUAAUUCAGACAUAUUUUUUUAUCUAUUAUCUUUUAAUCAGAUUCAAAGCACAACUUUGUAAAAGCAACUGCUUUUAGUGAUUUUCACAUGACUGUUUUUAUUUCAUUUCCUCUCAAUUUGAUUGUAUUUAAAGGAUGCAUGGAAAUCCAGGUUUUAAUUUUACUAUAAUGUGCUCAACGAAAGAAAAACAUAAAUUGAUUAAAUAAUAAAACACAGGAUUAAAGAUUUAAAAAUCAUUAUGUAGAUGCGGGAAAAUGGAUCCCUUGAAGAUCAGAGCUUUCCGGAGAAAAACUUUUUGAAGGUAAAUCCAAAGAGGAAAUCAUGUCAUUUCCUAAAGUAAGAUGAGAAAGUUCUGGACAUGUCCUGAGGGGAAGUGUUGGACUUACUGGAUCACAUCCACGAGUAUGUUUACUACCAGUCAAAGGUAAAUGGUAAAGAGAUGUGCCAGUACAGUGUUUAACUACAUGGACAAAUGACAAAUGUAAGACAUAUGUGAAUGUAUGUCCAAACUUAUUGUUUCCUACAGUUAAGUGGAGCAAAUAUCUGUCUGUUAAACAGAAUCCAUGGUUUAUCUUUAUGGACCUGAAUAGAUAUAUUUGUUAUUUUUAAUUUCUCUCCUCCUUUGCCAUCUCUUUUCUAUCCACCCCCUUCUUCGAGAACAAGAAUAAUCAUAAAAUAAACACUUAAUCACUUUUUUCCUCUGCAUCUGACCAAAAAUAUAUAUAUAUAUAUUAGUCUUGCUUUGGGAAUAAAACCUUGUUCUGUUCCUGUAAUAUAAUAAAAUAAAUGGAUAACUAUGUAAAUACAAUAACAACCAAAAAGAAGAUCAUAAACAUGCUUGUGUGCUUCAUAUUAGCACAUCUCUAGUGACCUCUGUGUACCAGGAUUUACAAUCUAAGUCAUAAGACUGGCUCUGAUUUUGACUCAGUGGAUGAAUUAUAACUGAAUCCCACGCUCCUCUGGGUGUGACUGCUGCUUUUCCAGCUUCAUGUUUUAUUGCUUAUCAUAACAAAGUGCGUCCUCUGUCAUCAACAUCAAUCAAAAUCUGGUUUCUAUGGUCCAGUGUACCGAAAUGACCCCUGUGCCUCCAUCAGAUCUAAUGGUUUGGAGUUAUAUUGAGAGGUUUUGCUUUUUCCACACACAAUAUUCACCGAAAAUAUCGAACAUGUGGAGUAAAAACCAGCACGAUCAAACAAUGUAAACAUAUAGAAACCAACUAUCCCAAAUAUGAGUCCUGACCUCAAAUGGAUAACAGCGCUGACAAUGGGUAAGUCCCCAGCCACAAAAUGAGAGGGGAGUCGAAAGCCCAAAGCCACACUCAGGAGGUUUUUGACUUGCUCAGAUGUCCGGACAGCUGCUGUAACUUUGCUGCGAGAGGAUCUGAGUGUGACACAGAGGGGGAGUAGUCUGUGAAGAUCCCUCUCACUUUUUCUCUCUCUCAGGCCACCAGCUAACACUUUUUCUACUUCAGACUGGUGAACGAGGAGCUGCUAUUCUGCCGCUGUGUAAAUUGCUGUGUUGCCAUGGCGUCAAAUGCCAGCCACAUGUUGGAGGCUGCCUUAGAGCAAAUGGAUGACAUUAUUGCUGGUAAGAGUUUCUGUUCCAUUAUCAAUAGAGGAGCCAGCUUGUAAUUACAGAUCUCCCUAGAAUGACACUGACCACAUAAUUUUAUAUACAUUUAUAGCAGAGGGAAAAAAUGCAGGAAUGUUUCUGGGUCAAAACAAUCAAAACGAAAGGCAAAAAGACAGUUUGUCAUAUCAUUUCAGAAUGAUGAGCCACUUUGUUUUAUUUGAGAGAUUUUCACUGAACCAACACUGAGCAGGUUUUUAAUCAAAUAAGAAUGGGAAUAAGAAUCAGGGUUUAUUACCUUUGCUUGUCUCAGUGUUUCACAUGCAUUGCAGUUACAAAAUAACUGGGAUAAAAUAAACUGUAAAAAGUUGAAGGAAUAUUACCGUAUGUGAAUUUUGCACAUGAAGGAGCGGUAUAUUUUGUGCAGGAAUGUGCUGUAAGUUGCUAUGAGGUGCACAUGUUGAACCUUCCUGUAAUCUUUAUCUCUUUUUCUUCACAGUCAGGCUGUGAAAUUAUGAUGGGCUUUGCUCUUUUAUAGCUUUUCCUCAGGAUUGAUCCCUCACAGUGCUCUAAUUAAAAAGAAAAAGUCAUUUUCCACUCUCUUCUGAUCUGUUUUUUUUCUGGCAGAGGUGAUACAUUUUUGUCAUUGCUAUAUGUCACAACCUCAGCAGUCCAAGCAUGGUUUUGCAAGGGGUCAGAAAACAAUGUUCUUUAAAUAGACGACAGUGACAGCCAAACCAUUAUCACACUGUUGUGACUAUUACGACAUGGAAAACAACUUAGAAAAUACAAGUCGAAAUGUUCUCAACUAUUGCAUGAUACUGUGUUAAAGUUUGCCUUUACUUCAGCUCCACACAGCUUAUAUAAAACUUUCUGCAGAAACAUUAUGAUUAUAGUGACCCACAGAGCUCAGCCUCUAAUUUGUGGAUGUCAGAUCCCACAGUGUACACACAGUAUUCACCCAUUUGAUGCUAUUUACAUCCUGUGAGCCACACUAGUGCACAAUAGUGCCCUCCAGAGGUUGUGUAAGGAAUUGUCCUAAAGCGCUGCAGGCUGGAGACGACCUCAGAGAGAGUUAACUUUCAGCACAGGUGCCUGAAGAAUAAGAAUGCUGGACUAAUAAAACUUGCUCAAUAACUUCACUGUUUACUUUUCUCCUGAGUUCCUCUUCUCUUGAAUAACCUCAGGCAAAAUGGGUGAAGGGCUGUUCAGCGCUCUCAUGCGACUGGAAGGCCAGGAUUACCAGUCGUCAGGGUGCUCAGCACAGCUGACACUCCCCCCUCCUGUGGACCCGGCCCUGAAGGCUCUCCAGCUGACAGAGGCCCUCAGAAAAGUGCUGGAGGAUCAGAGAAGUGAAGAGGAGCAGGACUCUCUGAGGAAACAAGUCUCCACUGAUACAGCACAUGUCAUACUGAAAUGGCUGGACAAAGAUGAGGUGAGAGCUCUGUCAAACACAUCUGCAGGCUCUCCACACGGGGAUGAAAGCAUCAUGUAACACAAAGAGGGCAAACACAAAACAAAGGACCCAGAAACCACUACAAAAGAGCGGGUCUCCUCAAAGGUUGUUAAAAUGUUCAAAGUCAAAUUCAGAAAUCUUUAUUUGUCCCCAAAAGGCAAUUAAAAGACCAUAAAGCAGGGCCAACAAAAACAGCAGCAUACAUAAAAAGGAAGAAGAGUAUAGAAUCAAAUACAAACAGUAAGAAAGACAAGAAAUGAAUACAGAAUAGUUCGAGCAAUAACUGCACAGUCACACGGGAAAUACAGACAUGAGACACAAAAUUAAGAUUCCAAUAACAAGUUUAGCAUAUGAAAAACAUUAAGUGAUUGAAUGUUGAAUAUUUGAAUAUGAAUAUGUCACAGAUCUGCCUGGAAAAAGUCAUACACAUAGCCACUAUAGUUUACACAAACUGUAUAAAAUAUGGAUAGAGGUUUUGUCAUUUUACUGAGUGAGACCAGCGAAAGCAGCUGUCACAUUGGAAAUGCUGACCUCAACUAACUCACAGUGCAUCUUUAGAUUCCCGGCAAAUGGUUACAUGCCCGCCUAUCAUUUAGAUGAGCCAAGUCCAUCUUAAUCAUGACCAGGUCAGUUAUACCAAACGAGAAAUAACUAAGUAAACAGUUAGCCCCUCCUAUAAAAAUAGGAAUGUUGUGACAGUAUUGUUAGACCUAAAAGAACAAAACAAGCAUGGAGAGUGAAUGAAAAAAAAUAUAUAUUUAUUUUUUUCUGUGUGGCGGAUCACUUCAAAUCUACAUUUAAAGUUUGUCUUUUAAACUUUUGACAAACAUCAACAGUGAUUGAUUUUCUGGCUUUUGUUAGUUUGCUAAAACAUGAAAGCUCCCAUAUUUAGCACACAUGCACAGACUUUUCUUAUUAUUCAAUGGUGCACUAUCCUGCUCUUUGUUUCUGUAUCAUCUCAAGACCAUACAGAUUUGCACACUCAUGCACUGCAGACUUGACACUGUUCAGGUCCAUGAGGGUUCAGUGCUCAGAUUUUUUGGACUGGACUCUAGUCUCAGUUUGUUCUUUUCUGGUUCCAAAGAAACAGAGCAGCUGAAGCCGACACGUUGAGCUCUAAAACAAAGGUUCAGAACCACAUGGUGACAGGAUGACAUGUAAAUGGUUAUGUCCACUUCUUAAUUUAAUAAACAGUUAAGCUAGAUACCCAAGGCAUAGACUACUAAAGUCUUCCUUAUGCUCCUACUGCAGACCCUGUGGGUUUUAUUAGUUGAUAUAGUGGUCUUUGAUCCAGGUCAUCAGCAUCUGGAGGGCUUUUUCCUGUCUGCAAAGAAAAAGGGAGUUGGAAGCUGGAUACUUUGCAAUCUGCGCCGGUAAUGAGAUCCAGAGCUCCUGUUUAAAGUCAAAGCAGUUGCAGCCUCUUUUCAUUGUCCAACUCUCCUUUGUUUCCUUUUUUACUUAACCCCUGAAUGCCCUUUCAAUACUUCAUAUUCUGCAGCAAAUACUGUAUGUGUUAAUCCGUCUCAGGUAAUCCGACCCCUGGAUUUGCCCUCUUCUUCUGUACUUAAAUUCAACACUGUCACUUUUGAACUCUUGCUCUUUCGCUCUCCCCCACUGCCUCCUCCUUCCCCUCUGCAUCUUCUUAACUGACUUCUUGCCUUGCACCACAUCUGACAAGCAUGUGCUGCAGAAAGUUUCCUCUCCCCUGUGCCCCUUUAGGAAGCCCCGCAAAAUUAGCUCGACUGACUCCAGAGGCACUUCAGGAGGAGCGAGAGACCGGGUUGCAGACAGAAAGAGAGAGAGGCACAGGAGGGAGAAAGAAAGGGAGGACAGAAAAGAUGAGAGCUUAAGAGGUGAGGAAGAAAUGUAGGAGAUACUGAAGCAGUCUGAGAGUGGUCGAGGUAGAGAGCAAGAGAAAGGGAAAAGGGGGGAGUUAGGAAGAGGUAGAAAAAAGUGAAGAGAAGAAAGAAAGGGAGUGCAGCCAGCUGGCAUAGUUUGAGUUAUUCGGCUGAGCUCUAAAAGUUUCAGGCUGCCCAGACUCCAAACCACACGGAGCAAAGUCCUCUCUGCUUUCCCUCAACUGCACUACAGAGAGCAGAGGGAGGAGAGUUGAAUUCAAGGAGACCCAGAGCGCUGCCCAGUUUAGAGCUUUAAGUUAGAGUUUUGUGCUUUACUGUCGAUUUAGUAUCAGUCCAUCCCCCUUGAUGCCUCUUAGCACACGCUAAAUUCUGUUAGUAACAACAAGAACCAGACCAACAGUACAAUGGGCCUGCACAAUGGAGUAUGAUAUUGAUUUCUACAAACAUUUCCCCUGGCUUAGAAAGGUAAGAUAUUCUCUGCUUGUUUGUUUUCUCUUUAUACAUUUGCACCACAGCAAACAUUUUCUCCCAGGAUCUCAGUUGUUUGUCCUUCUCCCACAGAGCUGUUGCUUUUCCAACAUAAUUAUGGUUGCCAUGGUAGGUAAUUUAGUAGGAAGACGUGUUUUUGUUUUUGAGUUGAGAAGUUGUGCUGCAGAAUGUGCAUCAUGUGUACUCUGAUAUGUAAUCUAUUCAAGGACCCAAAGAGGGGAGCAAGAGCGAGAAAACAGCUAGUGUUCAUGCUUUGACAACAUCAGCUGUGCUUAACCAGAACAUGCUGUUUUUUGUCAUUGUUUUGGGGCAACAUCUUUAACUUACAGAGCAGGAUGAGUCUUACGCAAGUUUUGGUUAACCCUCAAAACAAAUUCAGUUUUUUCCCACAUAAGGCUAAAACCCAGUAUUUUAACACUGUGGCAAAAAUGAACAAAUACUAAAUGGUUCAACAUUGUGCUGCACAUAAAGGCACAUUGUUGCAUGCAUGACAAUUCCCCCCACUUGGUCUAAAUGUUUUUUUUUAGAGUAGAAUAAAUGUUUGUGCAUGUCAGCUGAGUUCAUUUCCUGCCAUUUAAACCUGCAGGGAGUCUUUGAACACCUAUGGGCAUCUUGCUCCCAUUAAGAAGUCAUUAGUCCUCACUACCACCAUGAGGUUACAGCUCUUCCUGAAGGUUAUAGAGGAAGUCUGUACAUGAACAUGUAUGUCAGCCAGUAUGAUUGAUAACUUUAAGAUCGAUGUUAAUGUAUGAGGAACUACUUCAUUAUAAAUCUACAGUCAGAGAAAAAAAAAAAACAACAACAACUUUUCUCUUUACUUCUCAAGACAGAAGUCAAAAGAGGAUAAAUAUUUAGUUACUUUUUUUAACAUACUCUUAAUAUAUUGUGGUGCUUUUUGAAUUUAGAAUUGUGUAGUGCUAGAAGAAUUGAAGGUAUAAAACAUUUUAUAAAGUCAUAUUCUCAGUUUAAGUAAUUUGAGUGUGAUAAGCAAGACAUAAGUUCUGAUUUAUCUCAGUUCAAAAGUUGUUUAAACAACUCUUUGUUAGUUUCAAUCACAUCUGACAUCUGUGUAGGCUUUCAACACAAAAAGAAAAAAAAAAGGAUAGAAUAUCUGUUAUGAUGACAAUAAUAAAGUCAGUGUAACUUUUCAACAUUGUUCUCAGUGCUGUUCAUCAACAUUCACCUCACAAGAGGCUUUUGCCUCAUUUUGGGAUGCAUGUGUUUAGACUUAUCAAGAAUCUAAAAGCUUUUAAUAAAAAACAAGAUGUGUCCUCACCAAAACAAACACACAAAAAAAACUUUUCCAGGCUUCUGUGAGGAACUCAGAGUUUGUGUCAAGUUUGGCGCCCCCUGUGCACAGCAUAAAUAUAAAUUCCAUGUAUUUCAUAAAUGUCAAAAAGCUCCUCUCAGGAGCUCUAAUGUUUCAAGGUUACUGUGAGUAAAGCUGAGGGUAAAACACCCAGAACUGUCAGUACCAAGGAGUUCUCUUUAGGGGAUUUAAUUGGUUCCUGUGGCCCAGAGUUGUCUGUGUUUCCACCAGGGGCCUGAAGUUCAGGGUAAAUAAUGCAAAUCAGGCCAGUAUCCAUGUAUGGUAUUUGGAAAUGAAGUGACUUGCACAGCUCUUUAAUUGAAUCACUACUUUUUUUCUAUAACACCAAUGUUCACAUAAUGUUGGCAGCAGGUGAGCUAUGCUAAUCAUUAAAUAACACCAGGUCACUAGAAGUAUUUGCUCUUGUGCUAUUACCUUUUGGUGCCUCUAUCUGUUUCACUUCCUCCCAGCUCAGCUGGUGUCUCUGUGUUAAUUGUUUACCAGGUUAUAGUGUAAACAAGAUUGUUUCCUGAUGAGACUAACCCCUGAAUCUGUAACAACAUACACAUGCAUUUACUGAGAUGGAAAAAAAGUACAAAAACCGAGUUAAAAUACAAAGUUUUAUUAGAUAAUAUUUUAUUAUCUAGGAUAUAAUCCAGAAUCUUUCUUCCCUCCUCUGUGUUUGUGUACUGCCAGUUUUUCAUGUAAAUGAAUGACCUGUUUUUCAAUGUAAAUGAAAUUGUCAGGCCCUGCCUCCUAAAGUCCCUGGGCCAUUGGGAAGUACUACACCCCAUGCUUUUCAAGGGGCAGAUUUUGUACCCUAGAACUAAAUUUAGACCCUAUUUCCUGCAGUCAAAAGCACAGAGUUCCUCAAGAAGAUCCCCUGUUCCUAAGAGCUAUCAACAUUUCUGUUGAAGUAAUGACUGUGAUAGCACUCAACAGCGUUUAGAGUAUGUACACAUAAAUACAGUAAAUUUUAAUGUUUCUGAACAACUCAAAUGUACAGAUGCAGUGUUUACAGAAAAUUAAAGGAUUGAGGGUACUGUUUAAACCAUUGGAAAUCACUGCAGCAGGCUGGCUCAGGAUGACUGACACACUGAGCUACAUAAUGUUUCCAUGGAUGUGGUUGACAGCCUGAAUCGCUGAGCAUCUGAGCCAAUUUGGUUGCCCAUUACUCCCCUUGCACACUUAAUACUCUGAAAUAUCCCUCAUUACACUGUCAACCCUGAGCUCAGCCUUUAACCAGAGUUUUUUUUCCUUUUCCACUAAUCAGCCUCAGUUCAAUUUGCAAAACUCUGAAUGCUGGAUUAGGAUUUCUAAACUUCUUACAGAUUUUCACCCACAGGAACAUCUGACAAAGAGGGUUUGUGUGCGAGUGAAUGAGCUUGCAAAUCUGACCCACUGGGCAAUCGCUCUGCUUUGACUGAACUUAAUAGCUGAUCUUUAUCCUGAAGGUUAACCUCCAUUCACCUGGCAGUAAAGAGUCCUACCAGGACCGGUUAGCACGUCUGGAGGGAGACAAAGAGUCGCUCAUUCUGCAGGUGAGAUUAGUCACUCUUUUCAUGAACCACAAAAAAGUAUUGUCUAUUCUUAAGAAGAUCAAUACAGACAUUAAUAUGGUUGCUGAAGUGGCAGUAUGCCUAAACAUCCAUUCAUAAAAGUGAAAAUUGGACAUGAGCCAUGUCAAAUAAAAGAGGACAUAUGACACCACAGUGUGAGCUGGAACUGACUCUGAGCAGCACUCAUAUCACAUUAAGACGAGAGGUGAGAAAGGGCAAAGGUAGCAGAGCUCUGCGCUGUAAAUGUUGCGUAAAGGGUGAAGCAACAGUUACAGAGCUGGGUUUGGCGUUGUUACAACACUAGAAUGUCUGGUUUUGUGUGAUGUGUCAGGCCAGUAUAUAGAAGAGUGUAGGUGUGUGUUCAUUUAUCAGCCUGUCUAAAUAAGUGCUUAUCUCAGGCAGGUUGGGGCUAGCACCGCCUUGCUGUGCUCUAGCGUGUAGGUGUGAGUGUGUGUGUAAGAGCAGGUGCUCUGUUUGUUUCAGGCUCACGAAAUAAAACAUUCCUGCAGAAAAUCGUCUCCAGUUGGCUGCUUGGAGCUGCCUCUUAGCAUGUGAUAAGCUAUUAUGUGGCCUUAAUGGUUUCUCAGCAGAAUUACAUUUAAACUGAGUUCUGCUGACCAUGCUGGACCCACUGGAGUGUUACAAGCUAGGAAGGCACAAAGGUUCAUUCACUUCUUCUGAACAGAGAUGUUUGAUCUGGCACUUAUGAGGAAAUUCCAACAAAAUUCAGCACGGCAAUUAUAUGGAAAUAGUCUGUAUUAAUUGGAAAGAAACUUGGCGUUGAAGGAGUGAACCUGAGGUCAUAAGAGCUCCAGCCAAACACUGGUUUGGAGUUUUGGUGUAAUAGAAUAGGAUCUGAUUUUUUAACUUUUUCUCUUCACACAAAAAUACACACACGCAGGUGAGUGUGCUGACAGACCAGGUGGAGGCUCAGGGAGCCAAGAUCAACGAUCUGGAGAACUCUCUGGUGGAGCAUCAGCUCAAACUGGACUCCACUGAGGAGAUGCUACAGCAAGUAAGAAGCUUUACACCUCAGAUCAACACACUGUGUGCAUCAGUCUUUCUCGAUACCACGUGCUUCAUAUGUUAUUGGACCAAAAUCAGGAAACUCUGACUUCCCCCUGGAGACAUUCAGAGCUUUUAAAUCAAUAUUGUUCUUCCUUUUAUUGCAUUGUGUCAGUGCCCCCAGACCGUGCAUCCAUCUUCUGAAUAAAAUCCCUCUGCAGAUCCAAUCCUUUCUCAUAAACUGCAGAAUCUAACCAUGGAUGAGUUCUUCUUCCCGGGGAGAAAUUCCAGCAUAUCUGGCAGCAGAUUACCUUGACAACAAAAAAUAUUUAGGAAGCCCAGACUCAUCCCAGGGCAGCUUUUUCGGAGCGUACAUAUUUCUGGUUUGUGCAGGGCCAGACUGGUCCGUCUGGGCAGGUGAUUACAGCGCCGUUAGCCACGCCCCCCAACCUGUAACCUACGUGAAUCAGUCCGUGCAUGUGCACAAAACACACACAUACACACCCUUGCUGAAAGAGAGAGAGGACAAACAGAGGAAAAGAGAAGGGGACAAAUGAGUAAGAGAGUCAAAUUGAAGAAAGGUGGAGAGAUGGGAGGGAGAAAGAAUAGGGGUGGUGCAACUGUAAGAGUCAGAAGUGCAUGUCUGCUACUUUAGCUGUUUUUCUUUGACUUCCACUCUACAAAAAGGACUCAGCUAAACUUUAGGAAUAACUCUUAAGGAUUGGAUCCAUGAAAUUUUAAUACAGGGAACUUAAAGCUGGCACAUCCAUGAGGGAAAAACACUUACUCUUCCUUUGCUGCUGGCAGACACUGGAGUCAAAUGAACCAGGUAUUUCACAGACCACAUGUUCCUCAUUCUUUCACUGCUACUUCUUUUCCAUUUAAACCUGAUUGUUGUCACGUAUUCUGACUAAUUUCACGAGCUGCAAACUUUACACUCUGUGCCUGACUUCUAUAUGUGCAGCACUGUAUGUGUGCUCUGUAUCAAAGGGCAGUCAGGGCUGGUUUCUUGGAGACGUGGUCAUUAUGAGGCUUUGGACCUGAGCCGUAAAUCUCUUCCUGGUGACAAAGCUCUAAUAUUUUCCAUGUGCACUGUAGAAGGAUCCCAGAUAUUUUCCAAAGCUGGGGUUUUAAAUGGAUGUGUCUAUAUGUACUGUUUGCCUUCCUCCGAUGCUCAUUUCUAGACUUUAAGUGAUUUAGCACCUGCUUGACAUCAGCCAAAUUAGUUAUACAUGUGCCUGCCCAGCAUGGUUUAACCCUCAAAGCUGACAGACAGUCAUUACAGACAGUCCCAGACUGUGCAGUGGAUCUUUAGCCCAGUGUGGUUUGACUGACAGCCGUUCAUAUUGACAGGAAAAUGCACCUGUUAAAGUUAUUUUAAUGCUCUUUCUCUGAAUGGUCUGCAUGCUUUUGGUAAAUCUCCCCCUCACUCUCUCUCUCUCUCUCUCUCCCCCCUCUGCUGUGUACUUUGAGUGAGCUGUGAAAUAGGCAUUAUAAAUAGUGGUCAUGGGUUGUGUAUAUUUAGCCACUCAAACAGCGUCUGAAACCAGAGGGUUUGUCUAAGGGGACCGUCAUUACAGAGCUGGAGGUUCACUCUGCCUCACAUUUAAUGUUGCCUUUGUCCAGUAAGUAUGGAGUAUUACUGCAGGGGAUAAUGUGUUAACCUGUGCGUCUGUUUGGGCUGCUGCUUCAUGCUCCUGCUGUGUGCUGUUGAUGACAGGAGCUCCUGCAUAGGACGUCCCUGGAGAACCAGAAGCUGAGUCUUAUGGGGGAGGUGUCCUACCUGAAAAUAAAGCUCGCAGACAUGGAGGGAAAACAGAACCACGGGGCUGAACGGCAGCACAAAGCAGAGGUAAGGGGGACAAAUGUGAGCAUACCUUUUGUUUGGAAGUGUUUCCACUCAGUGUAGUAGAGUAUGUGUGGUUGUGUAGACUUAUUUUAAGCAGAUUUGUACUUGUUAUAAUAAGACUGCCUUGUUGAGUAGUUCCAGUUGGACCAUGAAGCGCAGAUUAAGCCUUCAUUUACCUCAGUCCAACUAAAAACUUCAAGUUAAACCCCACAGUAUUGACCGGUUUGGUUAGUAAGUGUAAUUGUCUCAAACUGUAUAACCACACAUUUUCUUUCACCAUGGACUUCUGUGGAAGGGGAUUUAGCCCUCUGGAUUUUUGCAACUUCAUUUUUUGGAAAUUUGCACCUAGCUCUGCCAGGAAUGACAAGGAAGCACACAAAAAUCUGCCUUGUGCUCUGAUGGAUUUAACCUUGAAGUCAGCUGCUGAUUUUAUGGAAGACCAUAAACACUAACUGGACUGAUGGAGGGAAAUAUUCACCCGAACCCUGGCUCUGCUGUUGUUCCUGGGCAAAGUCUCCAGGAAAAAAAUGUCUCCAAGGGGUUUAAAUUUUUAGUCAGUUUGAAUUGAAUCAUGUAUUUACUUUAGCCUGAUGUGUCUGGUUACCAGCUGACAUUUGGGGCAUUUGGUGAGUGUAUGAAUAGGAGAGAGGGGGAAGCAGACAGGAUACUGUAAUGUAUGUAGUUACUGUCAAAACAACAGUAGUCAAAGAGUCUUUGUGUCCUCAGGUUAAGAGAGUUCAGUCGUAACAGAGCUGGCAUGAUGGAUGGCGGGCCAAAUAUGAGUGUGUGUGGGACUCAGCCCAGAUAAUUCUGUACUUGGUGAUGGGUGAAGGUUGAGGAAAUGGACCCCUCCUCUACUAGAAACACAUCCUUUAAGACAAAUGGCACAUACAAAGGACAGAACAAAAGAUGCAAAGUGAAACCUGUGUUGUGCUGGGCUUAUAGGGAUUUGGUUUGUAGUUUUAAGAAGACAGAAAUGGCACAAAUAGGCGACUUUAUGUUGACAACAGUGUUAGAGCACUUCUUAAUCCUGCUUUCAUCUCGUGCACAGAAACAACUUUCCCUCCAACAGCUGCUUGGACUUAAGGAGAAUCGGAAAAAAUCUGCUUUGAACACUUUACAGGCCUCCCACGUGCUGCUGCCUCUACAACACAAACAUGUCACCACACACACACACACACACACACACACACACACAAACACACACACACACAUGCACAGUGUGUUAAAGCCUCCUCGCUGUAAACUCAAAGUUAAAUUUAGCUGUGGAGGCACUCCAUAUCAUCUGUCAUAUCCGCUGCUCCGGACUCAGAGUGAGACUUCCUCUGUCCACAGUCCGAGCAUAACUGGGCUGCUGUUUACAAUCUUUCUGAGGGGACACUGGGCAUGAACAAAUCACCUCUAAAAGACACAGUAAAGACGCCCACCCAUCACCAAUCAUGGAAAUGAUCAACUCAAACACUGGAUAAAGUGGAUAUACAAGAAUUUAGGAAGAUGGCGCGGCUCGAUGUUUAUACACAUUUGGCCGAACAAGCAAAAGGGAAGUUACGGCUCUGAUGAACAUCAUGUUUAUUCAGACCAGAUGAGAAGAACUGGCCCUGUAUUUCUGUAGAAGAGCCAAAGAAUCACCAUUUUUAAACACAUUCAGGAUCAUGUUGAUGUAUUUAGGCUGAAACCCAAGUUCAUACUCUCCUAGUUUAGAAAUAUCAAACAGACGUGAGCUAAAGACAACAGGAUUAAAAAAAAAUCCACUUUGAUGUCUUUAAACACAAAUGAGAAAAUACUCCAGCACCUCUUUUCUCUAAAUAUUCCCCUCUAUCUUCCCCUCCUGUCUCUGUCAGACUGUAGUGAAUUUCAUAAGUCAACUGCAGGAGCAGAUGUGUAGGUUUCAGGAGGAGAUCAAUAGCAAGAUCCAGGAGAAAAAAGCCUUGGAGAUUCCUGUUGACAGCAACACUCUAGGAGAUAGUCUGGAUGAGUCCAUUGAGGAUCAGGGCUCAAACCCCAAGCCAUCCUGCGACAUGACCUCAGGGGUUAUGCAAAAAGAGGAGGAAGCCUCAGAGGAGCCAGAUGGAAGCACACCAAGCCUGGAAGAGGCUGCUGGCUCGGAUGCAGAGCAUGAGGACCAGUGUGGAGGAGAAAGUGUAGGCACGGCCCGCCUGCAUGAUGUGUGGUGUUGAGUGCCGCAUGGGUUGUGUCACUGCAGUUUGAUACGGUUCAGAUAUGAAUACAAGAGGCGCUUGACAAAUCCUCUGAAAGCUCUGUGUCUCCCAGUAUCUUGGCCAGUCUACAGAGUUAAUCUUAUAUAGCUGUAAUGCAUUGUGGUGUGAAACAACUAAUUUUUCAUUUUCAUCAAAUUUAGUUCAAUUUAGUUGUGGCUGAUGGCUGCUCACCAAUGAGUCUGGUUCUGCUUGAGGUUUCUGACCAGAAAAGGGAACAUUUUCCUUACCACUGUUACAAAGAGUUGGCCAAUAGAGGGUAAAUUAGUCCCUCUACACCCAUGGGUUGUAUCAGCUAUGCCUAUAAGUCAACAAAAAGCAUGUUUGAAUGUAAUUUCUGAUUUGAAACAGAGUUCAAAAACUGCUUUCAUUUCAGACCAGCUGGUAUUCUCUUACCUUACAGCGAUAGGGAAGUUGCAAAUAGGUUGCGUGGUUGAGUGUGGACUUUGCACUCUUCACUGAGGCCCAGCUUAUACUGAGCUCAUGCAAUGGCCUGCUCUUCUGUUUUGAGAGAAAUGUUGUCAUGAUCACAUAACAUGAGUGCAUGACAUGCCAUGCAAAAUGUUUUUUUUUUUUGCAAAAAAAUAAAAAUAAUAAUAAAACACAUUGAGAGUUACCAGCAUUAGCAUGUAGUGUAUGGUCCAAAAGUGACCCAAAUGAUAAUGACUUAAAUAGACAGUUUGUGGCCCAUAACUGGACCACAACCCUUUUCCACUGUAAUUAACAUAAUAGGCCAGGUCAGACCCACUACCAUUUGACCUGUCAGUCAUGUCGUGUAUGGACCAUACUUGGGCAGAAGAAUUAUCAUGUGGUCCAAGUAUGGGCCGAAUUAAUUUUGCUAUCAAGGUUGACAAGCAUCAGCUACAAGUUGGUGCUACUUUUGUGUGUUAUUAUGAUUUGGUGCAGUAAAAAUUUAAAUUUGUUAGAAAACAAAACAAGUUGGAUUGCUAGCAUUAGCUUUAGCAUUGGUGCUAGCACCACCCGGGCAUUUAAACUAGCUUGAUUUGCACCUACUUCUCUGUUGCAGGGCCUGCUAAAGGAGCUCAGGAUUCUCAAGGACAAAGUGGAGAACCUGGAGGACCAGAAGCUCGAGUAUGAGAAGAAACUCAAAGCAACAAAGGUGAACAGAAAGUUCUGAAUUUCACCGAGUCUAGACUCUGAGAUCAUUGCCCAAAUUCCUCCACUAACUGUCCACUCGACUUUCCAAAAAGCUGUCCAAUCCAAUGUUCCAGGCAGUGAAGUGAGUCGGUCUGUUUUUACGCACUCUUGCUCUCUAUGUGAUUCUCAGACACCUUUGUUUUCUCAGGAAGUCUGAGAGUCAUUUUACCUUCUUUUUCAAGUGCUGUAGGAUCAGAUACGAUUACGGUUCAGUCCUUGUUUUAACACCCGACAUGUAUUCUUUGGCAAAAUGCUCUGCCAGUUUCUCAGAGAUUAGAUUAUCUCCUCCAUUAAUUCAACAUCUGUCCCUGUCUCUGUUCCAAUGUCUCUCUUUCAGCACAAUGGCCUUCUGUUUGUUUCACAUGCUGUUAAUUUCCUACCUACCUACUUUGUUCAGAAGACAUUUUUAAACUUUACUUUUAAUUCCUCCUGUUUAUCAUAACCAAAGUUAUAUUAGAGUAGCCUGAUCAUGAGAUUAUCAAGAUGUUUGCAUGGUGGGAUUAAUUUUGAAGAUACUGAAAUUUACUGAAGUAUUCUCCAAACAGUUUUUGUGCUGCUUAUGCAAAAAGUUCAGAGUCCUAUUACCAUAUGUCAAUCACUAAUUUUAGAUUUUAAAAGUUAAAAGUAAGGGUUACAAUUUGUUAAACGAGGAGAAAAGUGCUUUUCACACCUUCCUCUCUUUCUACACAUCAGACAGUCAGAACUCGCUGGUAAACAUAUCAUCUUGAACUUCACUUUAUUGCCAUCUGUUUCUUCCUUCUGUUUACUUCAAAACCAACUAAAAAGACAGAACCAAAGCCUGAAAUUUUACUCCCCAAAGCUCAGUGCUGAGCCAUCCUGUGCUUUGUUGUGGCUGUUUCCUGUGAAGAUGUAUAUAAUGGCGAGGAAAAAACAUUUAUGCCUCACUAAAUUUAGAUUACAAGUGAGGACAUGUGCUGGCACUUUAAUCAAGAGACAUGUACAUGUGUUGUUUUGGUGAAUGUCUAGGAGCCUCUGCAGUGCAUGUUUUAACAGGCAUCUUUUGGCACAUGCAGUGCAUUUAUGCAGAGAUGCAUGUCCUCACAGCUAUGAUUUCUCUCUGUGUGGCACCAGGCAGAGAUCAGCAGCCUCCAGCAGCUUCUGCUCUGCAAGAACGCUGAGAUCGAGAGUCUGCACACUCAGCUCCUGGCCAGACCCUCUUUAGCCGCUGAGAGCUCAGAGAGAGGUAAGUAAAGCAUCAAACCCUCCAUCAAAAUACCCGAAACACAUCCUCUCACUGACAGAGUUACCCAGCCUGAUAGGUGACACAGUCAAUGACUCUUUUAUGCAUUCAUUAACGUACAAACACAGCUCCAGGGAAGGCCCUGCCCUUAAUUUGCCGUCCCUGUCGCCUCUCUGAGAGGAGAUGUGCUGUAAGAGGCUAAACACUCAAUGUAAGCCUGAAUAGUUCACAAAAAAUCAUUAUAAACCCACAGGCUAUGUCUACUCUUGAUCAAUAAAUAAUUUUCUUUUCUCCAGACACGUCUCCUUACUUCAUUAUCUUUUGUUUCCUUUUGCUCUAAGGAGCAGCUUUACCAAUCAACAACUUGUCCCCAAAAUUUCUCGAUGCACUCCCUCUCCUUUCCCUUUAGCUGCAUGAUUCAAAACAUAAAGUCUUGUUUGUCCUUAAUUUCAUCUGCUGGAGAUAAAGCUCUCCCAGGAGGUCUAGCUAAGUAUAUUAUUACUGUCACUCAACAGCAAUGCAGCCUGUAUGCCUGCAGUUGUGUCAAAGAAAGUGCCUGUGCUCUGAGGACCCAAAUAUAUACAGCUGACAUGACUAAAGCUAUGAUUAGCUGAUUAAAAAAGGGCUGGAGUGGAUCUGAAAAUACAGGGUUUAGAUUACAAAGUGAGAGGAUGUAUUUUUGCCUUUCCUUUCCUUCCAAAUAACCGUACCAAAUAAAUGUUUCUCUUCAUAUAAAACAUUGCUUUACAUAAUGUCUGUGCAAACUGAUAAGAAGUAUGGGGUUUCUCUUUCUAGAUCAGGAGCUGCAGAAGCUCAGGAGUGGGAUGAAAUCACUGUUAGCAGCCAAUGAUGAAAAGGUAACACAUCCACUCUCGUCCCGGUCAGCACAGCUGUGUGUGAUUUAGCAGCGUGUGUGCUGUCAUCUGUUUACUACAAUGCAAAGUGUCCCACUGGCCCGUAUAUAGAGCUGCCAUCACCACUGCUGUUUAAAAGGUUAGAGGCUAACUCGUUUUAGAUGUUGUCAUUUCUCAGAGGCCCCGCCCUCCCACCGUUUAUAGUACAGAGGAGCUUUUGUUUUCUCCUCCCAGAGUAGUUUGGACUUUAAAGACUUACAGACGCAGCUCUACAUGUGGCACACCAGAGAGGACACACACGUACGUGCACACACACACGCACACCCCAAGGCGAGCCAUUUCGGGCAAAGCCACACUUAAGUAGGCCUGGACCUGCCAGGCCUAAUUUCGGAGCGCACUGCAUUAAGAGAACCAUGGCAAAACCAGGCCUGGGCACCACUUCAAAACACACACACUCUCCACGCAGCUGGUUACCACAACUAAGACUCCCAGUCAGGCCUGUGUUAAUCCCCUCCCUACACUUUGAUGUAAAGGCCGUAUGGUAGAAGAGAGACGUUUGUGUGGUAUAUCGGUCAGUAACUGGGUGAAGCAGAUAGUCCAUAUGUGUGUUUUUAACCUCAGAUAGACAUUAUUAUUGGGCUUUUUUUGGCUUUGAAACCCUCUCAGUUUUCUCUGUUUCCCUCAGGACCGACGUAUAGAGGAGCUCACUCUGCUCCUGAACCAGUGCAGACAAUUCAGAGAGGUCACCCACAACACGAGGCAAGGUAACCAGCUCAUUCAGGUCGUUGUCCUUUCAUUUAUGUCAUAACAGUUUCUGAGCAAACGGUCAGCCACCACGCUUCCUCUUUUCUCUCUUAACUCAAACAUUCUUGACUUAAGGGGAAAACACUUUUUGUUCUUGUUACUGCAGCUCCUCCUGCUGUUCGCUCGUUGUCCAAUGGCAGGACUCCAUCGAGCAGCAGCGAGGAGGAAGAGCACGGCCCGAUGAAGAGUGCCGACUCAGCAAGUGCAAAAUCUGAGGAUGUGAAGUCUGAGGUGGGUAAAGACAGUUGUCUUUUGGUUGAUCAUUUUAGGCUUCGUCCACAAGAAUAGGUACAUAAACUUAGAUCUUUGUUGGAGAUAUUCCCUUUACUACUUAACUCUGAAUAAACGUCAGCUUUUCAGUGUAUUGUUUGCGGACAUCAUCACUUUUUGUUGGAGACUUUUUUUUUUAAACUGAAACACAAACUUUAAGUUAAUAUCUUUGAUCUCCAUAAUCAAAAUCUUAGUUUUUGUCAUAAAGUUAAAAAGAAAAGAAAAUAAAGAUAUUGUUAUCUUUUCAGUUUUUCUGUCUGCACAAACAUGGUUGCUUUACAUCUAACAUUUGUUUUCCAUGAAAGAGGAUCCUUUGUUGUUGUUGUUUUUUUUUUUUUUUUUUUUUUUUUUUUUUUUUUUGUCACUAAAUGCAACCAAAUUUUUUGUCUCCAGAAAGCAUGAUCUGUUUUUGGUCUCUGUAAAUGAGGUUGUUGUUGUUAUUGUUUAUCUCAGUCCUGAGAAACUUUUCUCUCUUAGUCUUUCUGGACAAUAUCUUUUGUUCCUCAAAACAAAAGAAUAUUUUUCUUAACAUCCGAUGACACAACCAUCAUGUUUUUUGUUAUCCAUGAAACUUUUACAACCUGAGGAGUACAAGACUAGCAGUGCAAAAGUGCUAAAAGAACCCUGAAGAAUUUUCUUUCUUUCUUUCUUUCUUUCUUUCUUUCUUUCUUUCUUUUUCUUUCUUUCUUUCCUUCCCUUCUUCCUUCCUUCCUUCUUCCUUCCUUCCUCCCUAAAUGAGCCCAAGCUCAGGCCCUCAACAUGCCCUAAAACUUACUAAACUUCACACAUGAAUCAGGCCUAAUGACAGUUUAAUAUCUGGAGAUUUUGAGUCACCAGUGGCUUAACAGUGCCCCCCAAGCCUUCUCAUUCUAUUGGAUCCACCCACUAAUCUUAACAUAAAGAACAGAAAGUUCAGUUACAUGUCUGUUUUAGUGAUUCAGGCUUCUGUCCACUCAGCCCACAGCAACACAUUGAAAGUUGAAAGUUAUUAAAGGAGUUUUUGUACCUUUAAAAAGUGUUGCAGUAUCAGUUCAUCAACUUUGAUGUCUCACCAUAAAACAGGAAGUUACUGUAACUCUUAAAUUCAGUGUUUAAUCAGUUUGACAGUUUAAACUUUUAGACCUGAUCACUGGUGCCAUUGCCAAACUGUUAUGUAAGCUUCAAAUUAAACAUGCAAGAGUUAUAUGCCUAUAGUCAAUGAUAGCAGCCCUAUUGCAGUUGCUGCAUAACCACAGCUGCUGCACACAUGCAGUUGUGAUACACUCAAAGGUGCAAGAAUCAAUUCAUUACUUCUUUAUGCUUAACUUUUUGUGCGGUUUUAUUUAUGAAAUCAUUAUGAGUUAAUCAGUUAAGGGUUUUGUCUGCUUAGACAUACUUUGUUUAGUUUGUAUAUACUGUGUAUUUUAAUCUUGAUGUCUUCUUUGGAACAGAAAGACCUGCUUUGGCUGGUUUCUCUAAGUGUGCUUCUAUGUGUUGUCUGUUUUAGAGUUGUUUGACCCCUUACUGCAAAGCAUGUUGUGAUGCCUGUUCUUGUAAGUGGCUACAUUAAUAAAAUGUAUUUCUUAUUCAUUCAUAGACUUCCACAAACAGUUCUUCCUCCCAUCAGACAUCGGCUUCAUCAGUGCAGAAGGACAGUGACUCCAGGUAGUGGUCCAGCUUUAUAUGAGUGAAUAUCUCCAGUGUCUUUGGAUUUCAUCUAACUGACUUAUUUGUUGUUUUUUAACAUCUCAGAACUGAAUCACAGACUUUAUCGAGCAGCAUGAACGACCUGACUAAUGAACCUUCACAAAAGGUACUUUUUGAGUUUAUUUUGGGGCUUUUAUUGAGAGACAGAGCAGUGGAUAGAGCAGCAAGUUACAUAAACUAAUAGGCCACCUCACUGUUCUGAAUAAUGGAUCAGUAAACUCAUAAAAUACUCCUGUUAUUACCCUUCCUAUACAUAUAUUUCACCAAAAUACUUGCUUGGUUUAGCUAAUUUUGUCUUCGCUGAUUAUCUCGUCUAUUUACCCAGAGUGCUGUGGGUGACAGCAGGAGUCAGACGCUGCCUGUGAACUCCUCUCUGUCCGAGCAGAAUGGGACCGUAGAGAGCAGCAGUGAACUCCAGGGUCAAAGGUCCCCAGAUGGGAGUGAAGAUGGCGACUCCAGUCAGAGUAAGUCAGGACACAUGAACUCAAGCUGCACAUGAGUUAAUAAUGACAUGAUGGAUAAUGUGGAGUAAUAACCCCUGAUCGAGAGCAGAGAUGUGUUUUUCUUUGGAGCAGCCUUGAGGCCUGUCACUCCCUCUAGCAAAGGCAGCAGACAUAUUUGGAGCUCACCACACCUCUUUGGCCAGACCACCACCGUGCUUUGAUCACAGCUAAUUUCAGAGGCUUCUGACAGAGCAGAUGGAUCAUGGGAUAGACUUUCUUACCAAACACACCCUCUCCUCUGCUCUGACUGACCACACUCAUCCCAGCUCCACCCUCCCUCAGCUUCACUGUCCACUUUUAGCUCCAGCCUCACCCUCAUUUCUCUCCUCAGCUUUCUGCUUUGGAUCUGAAUGACUGCAGCUCAUAUCAUAAAGAUCACACCUUGUAAAACGUAGCUCAAACUCGGUCAUUUUCAUGGGGCAUUAACCAAUGAAUUAUUUGCUGAGCUUGAUGGUCUGUGACUUUGCUUUCUCUCUCCUGAAUGGAGCUCUGUGUAAAGUCAGACCACAUCUAUAGUACUGAGCUGGUUUAGUCUGCUGGAUCUGUUCUGUCUGGUAUGCUGAUAGAAAAUUAGUCAGUCUUUAUCAUCAUCAAGAUUUGGCUGUAACGUUACCUCAACUACAGGAAACGAGAAAUUGAGCAGAAUCAGCAAACUCUGUUCCAUAUUUUCUCAAGUAGAGGUUAAGACUUUGUGAUACUUGGUAAAAAGUAGGACUGUUUCAACAUCUACCUUUGGUUGAAACAAAGCCCCCUGACCAAUAUCUUUAUCUGCUGCUUCAUGUGAAAAACUAAGUGAACUUCACCACGACAAUCUAUUUUAGUUUGGCAGCAUAUCACUCUACAUUUCUCGUUGUUCCAACAGGUCAAAAAAUACUAGAUUGCUGCACAUCUACUUUUUUUCAAUGCCCAAAGUGUCAAUCUGUCACUUUGUCAGCUUUGUUGGCUGUUUUAUUCUCAUCCAAAGUCCUCUCUGUCUGUCAUAAAAAAAUCACAUUUACCAGUACAGUCACAGUGUCCUAUUUUGUAUGCUUCAUUAUGAUGGGUCUUUUACAUCUGGAACAUCACUGUCUUAUACGGGUUUCCUUAUUUAUUCAUUUAUUGUAAUCCUCGACUCAGAUUCAUUUAUUCAGGUCUUCAUCAGCCGCUUCUAAUACAGCAGCUUCUUUCCCUGGGGUCCUCAUCCAAUAAACAUAAUAUACAAAACAUACAUAUAAUUCAACAAAACAUUCAACCGGCAUAAAAAUAAUCUCAUUACACAACAAACAAUAUGUAAAUAGAGCACAACAACUUCAAAUACAACACAGGUCAAAGAAAACACCUAAUGCAUGUUAAAGAGCUCCUGUAAACUAGUGCCAAGCAACAUGACAUUACAUCAGUCAAGUUAAAAUCAACCCCCUUGAAUAUAUAGCUUAGUAGUCUUUUAAAAGUGGCCUCACUUGGUGCUUCAGCUUUAAAUUUUGGUAAAUUAUUCCACAUAGUGAUAUCUACACACCCCAUCAGUCAGGGGUUUUUGCUUGGCUAUGUAACCCUGAGCAGCCUGCUGGGUCCUGUGGAUACACUGAUUUCUGUAACAUCUAAGUUGACAUAAGUCUUUAUGCUGGAAAAUUAAUGAAUAAGAGAGAAUUUUUUUUAUAAUAAUAAUUUUUAUCCAGUUUCCCAAAGCUGAAGUUAUAAUCUGUUUAGAAAAUGUAAGAUUCAUAAAGUCUAGAUAAUAUAUCAAAGAUGCAGAGUGAAGGUUAGUAGUUGUUGCAAAGAUAAAAACAUUUUCUCCUAAAUACUGUAAAAUGUGCAGUACAACUCAUUAGUUCAGAUAUUGAAUUUCCAUCUCUAAAACUCUGGAUCUGUGCCGCCCUCUACAGUCCACUAGUUGUAUCUGCAUAAUCUAUACACUGACUGUGUUUUUUUUUUUUUUUGUGACCUCUUAAAGGAAAGCUGGAGAAAGUUGAAGACAGCACUUCCAGUGAUAAUUCCCCCCUUCACUCUGGAGCAAAUACACAGCCGGGCCAGAGAGCCAUUGGCUCACCAGAAUACAUGAAGAACAACAGGAGCUUCAAGAGACUGUGGGGAAAGUAAGAGUGGGAAAAUACACAAACACACGCACGCACACACACACACACACACACACACACACACACACACACGCACGCACGCACGCAUGCACACACACACACACACACACACACACACACACACACACACACAAACACACACACACACACACACAUACAUUUGUGAGUGCAAAAGCAACCAUACAAUCAUAAAUCAAAUUGUGAGUGAAGUGUAUACUUUGUAUUAACAUGGAGUUUGGGUAAUGUGCAUCUGUUCAACAAUGUGAAAUGCUUGAUUCUGAUUGGUUAAUACUCUCAAGCAAUGAUCAGAUUGAUCGGCGGAAAGGGGACUGACAAAUUUCAUGUCUUCCCAUUGGCACGUUUGUUUCCAUUAGACGUGCAAAUUAAUAAAUCCACUCACUCCACUGAAACUUUGAGAAUCAAAGGAUUUUACGUUGCGCUCAACAGUUAAAAAACUGAUCAUUCAAACAGACUUCGAAGAACCCAGUCUGGGGGGCUCCAGGCAGCAGAUUCAGAUGGUGGUCAGUUCAGAAGAGGGGGACUUCGUGCCACAGCAGGACCCAGACUAACCAGGAGCCCUGAAUCUUAUAACUCAGCACGGUAAGGGUGCUCCUCUCUGAAUCUGCUUCUCAGUCCUAAUCUAAUUCAAAGAGAUUCAAGGUUUAUUGGGUGUGAUUGAUGAAUGAUGGGGGUCAUUUAAAUAUUUGCAAUAACUUUGUUGAAUGUCUGAUGUGUUUUGUUGUUUUCAGUGAUAUGAAUAUUCCAUUCAGCCAGUGGACCAAGGAGCAGGUGUGUGGCUGGUUAGAGGACUAUGGACUAGGCCAGUAUGUCAGUCUCACCAGACAGUGGGUUGAAAAUGGACAAACACUCCUGUCUGCUACACCCCAGGACUUUGAGAAGGUCAGAAAAUAAAAAAAAAGAAUCAAUCCUGUGAAGGCAUUGUGACUUAUUUUAAAUGAUUUUCACGCUGAUUGUAUAAUCAAUGUCAUCCCAAAUGACCUCAGGAGAUGGGGAUGAAACACCCUCUGCACAGGAAGAAGCUGCAGCUGGCUCUGAAUGCUUUCACCACUAAAGUAGUAGAGAAAUCGUCAGAGCUGGACCACAUCUGGGUCACACGUAAGUCUGUCUUUGUCUGUAAUAUAUUGAACACUUCAGGUUGCAUGCUUUUUUAAAGAUUUAUAAAAUAAAUUAACAGUUGUCAUGUCACACAAAGAAGUGUGUGACAUGAUACCUGUUUGGUAAACAGGUGUUCUGAGAUUUUGACCCUUGACCAUGUUGUGGCAAACCAGGAAGCAAAUGAUAAUGAUGUGAAGGGCAGGCAUAAAAAAAACAAUAAUAAUUUUAAAAAGUAGAAAUUUUAGUAGAAAUGUAUGAAGAAAUGGAGACAAGGUUAUCAAGGACCAGCUUCUACAUGUUUAAAAAAAACCUUAAAAAAGAGGGGGAAAAUGUUAGCUCUGCUAUGUUCAAAGACAUGAAACAACUAAAUUAUUAAAUCCAAUCAAUAACAAUGUUUUAGAAUACUGUUCAUCUCUCUUUUUAUGUAUGUCCCAUCACCUUUGUAACAAUAGGAGUCGUUGUUCUAGAGUUUAGGUGCUGUCUUGAUUUGCUUUUCUUUUUUUUUUUUUUGUCUUCUCUUUUUUGUUUUUGUUAUGCACUUAUCCAACAAAGUUUUAAACAAAAUGUAAAUCCCAGCCAAAUGUAUUUAAGUAUACAAAAAUGCAUUCUGGAGGUGAUAGUAUGUCCAAAUGUCUCAAAGAAGUCUCAAAGCUUGGCUAAAUCAAACCUAAUAUCUGCAUCGGUCUCAAGAAUCAAUAACUGUAACCCAGUGUUAAAAUCCAUGAAAUCCUGAAAAAGGAGAAUAAGCUAUAGGUAAAUAAUGAUUAAAACAAUAAUAAUAAUGAUAAUAAUAAUAAUAAUAAUAAUAAUAAUAAUAAUAAUAAUAAUAAUAAUAAUAAUAAUAAUAAUAAUAAUAAUAAGUAGAAGAAGAAGUAACUUGUCAGUAUGUGUUUAAAUGUCACAUCAAGGCAACAUGUAUUUACAUCAGACAAGAAAGUUUUAUAAUACAGUGUUUUAGCAGUCUAGAGGAUAUGUUUCUUAUAUUAAGUAGACAUUACAUAUGGAAUUAUUUGUUUUAGUCACCAACAUGACCUCCAUGAGUUUUUCAAACAACAUCAAAAUUACAAGUGCCAAGAUUUUUCCAAGCAAAUGUUCAAUAGGAAUAACAUAGCAAGUGUUAUUCUGUGAUAAAUCACAGUUAACUGUGGUCAACCAAAUGAUUCAUUACCAUUUUGAAUAUUAAUUGCUUGACAGCCUUUGUAGAAAUAUUUAAAGAUUAAAAAUACAGUAGCUGGUUUUCUCCAGGGCUGCAUAAGACUGAGUAUCUCCAUUAAGUAUGUUUGUCAGGCAGCAUUGACGUGAAUUAAUGUCUCAUUUUGUCAUUUUCAGGUUGGCUGGAUGAUAUCGGUUUGCCUCAGUAUAAAGACCAGUUUCAUGAAGCUCGAGUGGAUGGUCGAAUGAUACAAUACCUCACCGUGGUAAGACUGAACUAACAUGUUUACAUCUUAAUUUCAUCUGUGAUUACUUGUUACCAAGUUUAAUGGUAGAUUUUUCUCCUUGCACAGAAUGACCUCUUGACAUUAAAGGUCACCAGCCAGCUUCAUCAUCUCAGUAUUAAAUGUGCCAUCCAUGUGCUUCAUGCCAACAAGUUUAACCCAAACUGUCUCCGACGCAGACCGGGAGAGGAGGUGAGUCAGACUGGAGAUAUGUGAGUAAAUGUUGAAAAUAGGAACUACACAAAGGUAUUCUGUAUAUAUAUGCUGUCUAAAGUCUUGUGUUUUUGAUGUAAUUUCAAAUAUAACACAUAAUAAAUCGAAUUGCACUGACAUUAGAUGACAUGCAAAGAUGUUAUCCCAUCAGCUGCCCACAAGAUGGCAGCAAAUACACAAAACACCAAGGAUUUCAAACUGCAUUUUUCUUUUCAUACAGCUUCCUUUUACUCACAUUUAGCAUAUAUUUGAUAGGUACUGUUUUUAAGUGAAAAUGAUUAUUUGUGUAUUGAUUUUUACCUGUUUUAGAAACAGCCCUCUCCCUCAGAGGUGGUGCAGUGGUCUAACCAUCGAGUGAUGGAGUGGCUCAGAGCUGUGGAUCUGGCUGAGUUUGCUCCUAAUCUACGGGGCAGUGGGGUUCAUGGUGGGCUGAUUGUAAGUGCUGUACUUUAUUGUCUCUAUUUUAGCCUCCCUGUACGUUUUAAGUUGUACCAGCAUUACAUGCUUCAAUAACAUGCCUGCAGACUGUGAUUUGUUACUACCACGUGUUGUCUAAAUCUUCUCCUGUACAGAUCCUGGAGCCUCGCUUCAGCGCAGAGACUUUGGCCCUGUUGUUAAAUAUUCCUCCGCAGAAAACUUUGCUCCGCCGCCACCUUGCCACUGCCUUCUCUGCACUGGUUGGGACUCAGGCCACUCAAGAGAAGAGAGAGUACGGCAAUGCCACUGGCCAUGUGCCCCUCACCACCACCGCUAAAGUAAAGGUAGGACAACAUUCUGAUAAUCCAAAAAUCUAAAUCUCUCUGGUUCUGAUCAUUUCAAAUCUAAGUGUAACCUUGAUGUCACUGUAUUUUUCCUGUUACUGCAGCCAAAGAAACUGGGCUUCACUCAGUUCAGUCACCUGAGAAAGAGGAAACCCGAUGACUCUGCAGACUAUAUCUGCCCAAUAGACAGUGGAGCUUUGACAGUGAAUGGGGUUUCCCGCCUGCCGUCUGCAGCUCUCAGGGGCCUCAGUCCCAGCUUGGAUCGUCAGGCUGAACGGAGGGAGCCAGUGGGAUUAAAAACUCAGGCUAAUGGCUCAAAGCUAAUUUAAAAAUACAGUAUGAACCUUUUCCAACUCCACAACACUCCCAUCUCACUGCCUCUGAGUGCCUUUGAAUAAAAAGUUCAAACGCAGAAAUAAAGACAUGAUGGAUUCUGAGAGGGGUUUGCAGGAUGGUCUGUAAAAACAAUGAUAGACAGACCCUGUUGCCUGAUGUUAAUGUAUUUGUAUUUGGAUGUGCUUAAACUAUAUUAGUGUAUAAUGAUGAUGAAUAUUGAGAUUGUGUGAAUUGUUCACUGAAAGCUGCUCUCUGCAUUCCUUACACAGUUUGAUUCCAAAGCUCACACUUUCAAACAAUGCAUUUACUGAUUAUUUUGUAUCUAAACUCCUGUAGAUUUAGAAAGAAAUGAACUCUCUUGUCAUAUUUCUGAAUCACCAGUACAGUACUUUUAUCAACAUCAGAUGGA